GGCAAAACCCGGAAUCCUUUAACUUCCAUGAUCACGAUUAAAUCAGGCUAGUAGCUAUAUGAUAGCUAAACUUCAUGCCACAUCAUUUCGACCACUCGACUAAGUAUCCUGUUCUAUUUGACCAUUAUGACAUCCGAUGACGGCGCAGAGGCCAUCUGGACGUUUGCUCAAGCAUUCACGUCCUCCUUUCAAGCGUCUUGUUCUGAACUUGCCUCCCGUCUCAAAGUUGCGAAUGCAGAUUCUGUGCAUUCAAUCGCCGGAGAAAUACAAGCUCUCAACAAGCGUUUGACUGAAGCUACCGGGAGACUUCCAAGCUAUGAUCAAAGACAAAAUGAACUACAACUUAAAGCAUUAGAGAAGUCGCUUGAGGAAUUGCGUUCAUCAACUGCAGGGAAAACAAAAUUCGCUUUCAAACGGAAGGUCAAAAUACCAGCUCCAGCAUCAGCAGAGACCGCCACGCCACCUGCUCAAACGAAUGCACUAGCGAUGCCUACAACACCAAUAUCUAGUGCCUCCAGAACGAUAUCCGACCACUCCAAUUCCUACCUUUCUAGAUCGUGCCUUUCUGGCCCCAGCUCAUCCACAAAUCACAUAGAGGUGUCUAUAAUAAGAAUAUCGAACAGCGUUCUGAAUCUUCUUACGACCACGAAUGAGUCAACUCUGUCUGCUAAUACCGUUUCCCUUUCGGCGCUUCACAUCCGCGAUAUACAGAAUUCAAUUCUCAUUCUAGGGAGUGUCGAUGGUAGCAUCAUGUUACACAACUUAACAAAUUGCGUGGUUGUUGCUGGAUGUCACCAGUUCAGGAUGCACAAUUCUACUGCUGUCGAUGCCUAUCUUGACAUUACAUCGAAUCCAAUAAUCGAAAGUUGUGAUCAAGUGAGAUUUGGUGCAUACCCGAGCGAGUUGAAGACAACCAGUGAUCAGCAACAUCUGAUCACCAGAGACCAUACCGAGCUCCCUUUCUUGCCCCAGGACUUCUCGCACAUUCGCGCCACUCCAUCACCUCAUUGGAGAGCCCUAGAGGAAGACGAAUUAGUUCGUGAUUGGCCCCCUCUAGAAACAAAUUACACUGUUCAACUCGAAAGGGCAUUGCCCGGUCCCAAAUUCUGAUGCUUAUCGCCGACGGACUAUAUGUCCCUAGGCACGUAGUUGAGUACUAGUAGAUCAUAGAUGUACUAAAUGGAACAAGUUCCCGUGUCUUUUUCUUAUGCCUGGUCCGUUUUGGCAUCUCCUGCCAUUUUUGAAUUCGCCCACAAGUCUGGAUAUGAGACUCGCUGACAAGUAUGUAUUAUCGAAUGUGCCAAUGAAAGCAGACUAUCAUCAAGGAGAAACGAUUGUCUUCCCACCAUAUGGCUUGACUAGGGGAGACCAUAGAUUAUUCAGUUUGGGCAGAUACAAGCGCUGUAUACUACCAGCAGAGGAUAGCUCGACACUGGUUACGUGCACCCAGAUUUAGCUGAGUGUCCGUCCGUGUGCAACGGACUGUAUC